AUGUGCCACACCAGCUGCUCCUCGGGCUGCCAGCCGGCUGGCUGUGUGCCCAGCCCCUGCCAGGCCACCUGCUGUGUGCCCCUGCCCUGCCAGUCCUCCGUGUGCCCGCCUGUGAGCUACAGGCCUGCCGUGUUCGUGCCCGUGAGAUGCCAGACCUCCGUGUGUGUGCCCGUGAUCUGUAGGCCUACUGUGUGCGUGGCCCCCUCCUGCCAGUCCUCCUCCUCUGGGUGCUGCCGGCCCCCCUGCCCUGCCCUGCUCUGCAGACCCAUUGGCUGCAGCACCCCUUCCUGCUGCUGACCACGAGUCUCCAAACCA